GUUGAUCUGGCGGCAGGAGCUGAAGAACACAAUCAAGCAACGGUUGCGCAUCAAGUACGGCAGCCCUCCAGCGGGUUCGAAUCAACACAGGCUUCAGAUUCUGCGAAUAUGUUUGGCACGGAGCGCCCAUCGCAUCGACAAGCUGAUGGCCAUGCACGGCCUCCCGAAUGGAGAUUGGAACAACAUGAAGGAAGUCGAAGUCUGGGUGCCUGUCGGUGCCGUGGUCGAUAGGGACAGGGUCAGCGAUAUCGUUUCUUCAGCUUUGAUUCAAGUUGGGGCUUCAUGCAAAUAUACGCUGUGGCCCAGGCACAGAUGGACCAAAUCAGAUGAAGCGAUGGACCAGGUCCUCCUCCUCGAGGCUUGUCACGGUCUGUGCUCAGCGACGUACCCACAAUUUGCCAGUCGCAUCGUUCACGCUUCGCGAGGUCCCGCGAUCCCGUCUUACAGCACUGGGUCAGAGAACGGACUUGGCCUUAGGAUGGUGUGUGUUCCUUCCUCCUUUCUGUGCCAUGUUUCCUUUAUGUUCCUAUUGUGUUCCUUGCAUGCGUUGUUUCGCCCAUUCUCGC